AUGGCGUGCAAAGCAGACUUUUUGGGUGAAGAACGAACACGUCGUGCUACUCUAAAACCUAUUUCAACAUGCUGUAAUAUACCAGAAAUAGGAGAGGAAGAACCAUUAGCCGAAUGUUCCAUUCCGAAGUUACCAGGACCCUGCAAUGACGUGCAAUGCGUGUUUGAGAAGUCUGGUUUUCUCAAUGACAAAUACAGCUUGAACAAAGAGGCUUAUAAGAAACACUUACUAAAGUGGCUAGACAGUCAUGAAGAGUGGAAGGAUGCCAUCGACAAAGCUAUCAAGGACUGUGUAGACAGAGACCUUAGACAGUAUUUGGAUUAUCCCUGUAAAGCUUAUGAUGUAUUUACUUGUACAGGAAUCGCUAUGCUGAAGGGUGUCAUUCCUGAUAAUUCAGGUGAAGCACUUUGUGGACGUCCUCCUGUAGACAAACCUUUUGAGUGUUGUAAAUUACCAGUUUUGUUCUCCGACGAAGAUCGCGCUGAGUGCGGUUUGCCAGGUCGCGAAGAACCUAGAAAAGGACCACCUGAUUGCGCCAAAAAUAUAUGCAUAAUGAAGAAGAAAAAUUUAAUGAAAGAUGACGAAAACCUCGACUUAGAUGCAGUCUCUGCAUUUUUAGACAAGUAUACAGAAGAAAACACUGAAUUUAAAGAAACAGUAGAGAAUGCGAAAGACAUUUGCCUUAAGGAAAAUUUACCUGGACCUCCCGGAAUAUGUGGGCCUAGCAAAGUGAUUUCUUGCUUGUUCUUUGAAGUUUUCCAUAACUGUCCAACCUGGGAGAAGAGCGAAAAGUGCGACAAAUUAUUGAAACACAUUAACCAGUGCAGAGCGAAGUUUGUGUAA